AUGAUCAGGGACAGGAAGAUGAUCAGAAAGAAGAACGGGAUUAAGAAGAGGAAGGUGAUCAGGAAAAGGAAGGUGGAGGCGAAAGAGUACAAGGAGGAGAUGCAAGGAAGCACUACAGAUGGAAUAUACAGAGGUCGUGCUACAUUCUCAUCCGCUGCUGCUAGUGCUACUGCUGGUACUGCUGCUGGUGCAUCCACAUCUGAUGCCAACCUUGAAGAAGAGUAUAAGGUAAAGAUGAAUGAUGCCAUGGUAUCUAGGGCUUUGAAAUUGGCUCAUGAAAUCUGUGAAGGCCAAGAGAAGAAGCAAUAUGCAAAGUUGCGUGAUUAUGCUAAUGAGCUAUUGAAGAGAAAUCCUAGAUCAACUAUUGGCUUGCAAUGUACACCAUAUACUCAUGAGUUUUUAAGAGUGUAUAUAUGUUUGGAAGCUUGCAAAAUGGGCUUUUUGACUGGGUGUAGACCCUUGAUUGGCUUGGAUGGCUACUUCCUCAAGGAAUAUUAUGGUGGACAAUUGCUAUCUGCUGUGAGUCAUGAUGGAAACAACUCUUUUUAUGUGAUAGCAUACGGCAUUGUGAAUGUGGAGAACAAGGAAAACUGGAUUUGGUUUCUUGAAAAUCUAGUGAAUGAUCUAGGGGAUCCAGUGGAGAAGGGGUUCGCUUUUAUUUCUGAUAGACAAAAGAAAUUUAGCAACACCCUAGAGUAUGAAAGAGUAUUCUCGGCCUGUGCUAAGGCAACAACACAACGCCAUUUUGCUGAAUCAAUGAUGGUAUUUGACAAGCUGAAUAAGGAUGCUACAAAAUGGCUGAAUGACAUCCAUGUAGAUAGGUGGAACAGGUCAGCCGUUGACACUGUAUGCAAGAAUCAGGCAGUCACAUCCAAUAUGUGUGAGCAGUUCAGUGGGGCAAUCCUCAAAUAUAGGGGCAAACCCAUAAUUACGAUGCUUGAAGGGGUAAGGAUGUAUAUCACUAGCAAGAUGGUGAAAACACAGGCAUUGAUUGCCAAGAGCCAAGGACCCCUUUGUAAACAAGUCCAAAUGAAGCUUGAUAAACUGCAUCAGAAGGCAAUCUAUUGGACUCCUCACUGGUCAGGGGAUCUCAAUACAACAAAGUUUGAGGAGUUGUCUAGCAUUCCAUGCGAGCAUGCAAUUGCUUGUAUCAGCCACAAUGGUGAGAAAACUGAAAAAUUUGUCCACUGUUGGCUAACCAAGGAGACCAAUGAUAAGAUAUACUCUAACUACAUCAACCCUGUAGCUGGUGAGGGAUUUUCAGAGACAAUUGGUUUUGACCCUACCCAACCUCCCAUUGUGAAGAAAAAACUAAGGAAACCAAAAACCAAGAGAAAGAAGGCACCAGAAAAAGACUCUAAUCCUCACAAGAUGAAGAGGAAGCUUGGCCCUCCUAGGUGCUCCAGAUGCAAACAGGUUGGACAUAAGAAGACCAGUUGCAAUGAUAACUUAGGUGAUGGGGACACAGUUGCUGCUGCUAACGAAACGAGGCAAUUUGAUGUGCCAAUUGAUGGUGCAAAUGAGGAAACCAAAGCAUCUCAGGUGCCAGGUGAUGGGGGCUCAGUUGCUGCAGGUGACAAUGCAAAUGAUGCACCAGCUGCUGCUCAAGAUAGACAUUUUGGUUCUAUCCCAUCUCAACCUGAGCUUCAAUCAGCAUAA